AUGACUCUGACCGUUCAAAAACUACAGACUUCAGCUGUGCGCGCUCCCGCGGGGCGCGUGCAGUCAGUGGGCAGGAACUCUGGAGACAUCCAGGAACAGACGGACAUCCAGGAACCGACGGAGACGGACGCACGAUGUUUGACCCAAAGUUUGCGUUUUUCUGUGCGGUCUGUCUGCUGCUUCGACCCGGUGUUUUGUCUGGAAGACCCACAGGAGCUAACUGCGAAGGUCCUGGAGAGAACGUCCCUCUUCAGAGGUCCCAGAGGUGCCUCCAUCACACUGAUAAAGUGGAGCAGACCUGACCUGAAGUCAGAUCUAUAUGUCUUCUUCUUCAGAGACGGCCAUCUAAAUGAAAACUACCAGCUUCCAUCUUUCCGCGGUCGAGUGGAGCUGAGAGAUCCAGAGAUGAAGGACGGAGACGCUUCUGUUGUCCUGAAGAACGUCACCACCAACGACUCUGGAACAUAUGAGUGUCGAGUUUCAGCUGACAGCAACAGACGCAGCAAGAGAGCCCCUGAGACCGUCAGCACCAUCAAGCUGACAGUGACAGACCCAGACCCAGCUGACAGCACAAGUGAGGGAGACACAUCUGAUCCCAUCAGCAUCAUCACCCUGACAGUGACAGACCCAGACCCAGCUGACAGCACAAGUGAGGGAGACACACCUGAUCCCAUCAGCAUCAUCACCCUGACAGUGACAGACCCAGUAACAGCGAAGCCUGGACAGGACGUCCCUCUUCAGUGUCGGGGUCCCAGAGGUGCCUCCAUCUCACUGAUAGAGUGGAACAGACCUGACCUGAAGUCAGAUCAAUAUGUCUUCCUCUUCAGAGACGACCAUCCAAAUGAAAACUACCAGCUUCCAUCUUUCCGCGGUCGAGUGGAGCUGAGAGAUCCAGAGAUGAAGGACGGAGACGCUUCUGUUGUCCUGAAGAACGUCAACACCAGAGACUCUGGAACAUAUGUGUGUCGAGUUUCAUCUGACAGCACAAGUGAGGGAGACACACCUGAUCCCAUCAGCACCAUCACCCUGACAGUGACAGACCCAGGUCUGACCUCACUGCUGAGCUGCACAACAAACCAAGCCUCUCUGACUGUGAGUCCCAGCAGCUCUCAGCUGUUUAAAGGAGAGUCUGUCUUUCUGAGCUGUGAGGAGGACGACAGCUCUGCUGGAUGGACGCUGAGGAGGAACACAACCAGAGAAACCAGGACUCAGUGUGGAGCUGGCUGGGGAAAACCUGCUGUUUCUUCCUGUAAGAUCAGCCACGUCCUCCCAUUGGACAGUGGAGUUUACUGGUGUGAGUCCAGAGAGGGAGCAACCAGUAACACCAUCAACAUCACUGUCACUGGUGGAUCAGUGAUCCUGCAGAGUCCUGUUCUUCGUGUUAUGGAGGGACAUGUCGUCACUCUGCACUGUAAAACAGAUACCCCUCCCUCCAACCACCCAGCUGCUUUCUAUAAAGAUGGCUUCCUCAUCAGCACUGAGCCUACAGGUCACAUGACCAUCCACCAUGUUUCCAAGUCUGAUGAAGGGCUCUACAAGUGUCACAUCAGUCAUCAUGGAGAGUCUCCACCCAGCUGGAUCUAUGUCUGCGCUGUCCAAUCAAGAGCAAUCAGCCAUGGAAACAGGAAGCAACUUGUCAUGAGCUGUAAUGUAACCUAUAAAAAUACCUUCUGGAGGUGAAAUGAUUCAUUAAACUGAACUGCCGAUCCUUUGUAAA